CCUGGAAUAAAUUCGAACUCACCCCACAAAGACCAUCAAACACCAGUUGUCUUUGUUAGCCGCGUCAUCAAGACGUGCUGUACCAAGUACGUGAGAAGGAGAAUAAAAGUUUAGUUUCUGUUAUGAUCUCGUCUUGUUUGUUUCUUUCACUCACAGUGAUGAAAGAUGAAGGCAACAACAAUGCAAACCCACAUUGGUGAGCCAGACUAAGAACUAUCAUUGGAGCCUUCAUCAGGUACAUCGUUUACCACCUUUUCUCAAGACCUCAGUCAUCACAUCAUGGCUGAGAUUGGAGCGGUAAAAAUCCCUCCAUACAACUUUUCCGACCCAGCCUUAUGGUUCCACAUGUGCGAAAGCACAUUUGCGCUAGGAUCUCCAAAGCUGAUCACAGGAAGUGCCACAAAGUUCAACUACGUAGUGGCCCAUUUACCACCGGAAGUCUCAUCAACGGUUAAAGACAUUAUUAUUUCUCCGGACCAUACAGACCUGUACAGUCACAUAAAGGUGGAACUUAUUACACGAUCCAGCAAAUCGUCUCAACAGGAGUUACAAAAACUAUUGGCCGGAGAACAGCUAGGAGAUUGCAAACCCUCUGAACUACUACGUAUUCUAAAGCAUUGGGCGGAAAAUUUUCAAAUCUCAAACGCAAUUAUAUUAGAAUUAUUCACACAACACCUUCCGACUUCCGUCCAAUCUAUCCUAGCUGCCAUUACCCCACUCGACGUAAACAAAGCAGCAGAGGUAGCAAACUGCAUGGUGAAAGUAACCCCCGCAAUGAUAGCUUCAGUGUCGCAACCUGAGAAACCCGAUACCGUAACCAACAAAAUACUAGUCGACAUAAAUAAACUUAACAAGCGAAUCAAUCAACUAAUGCAGGCACGUUGGGAUCGCAGUGACCAUUUUUCUGAACACUCCCGCAACAGUUCAGGACAUCGCAACAAUUCAACUCGCCGCAGUAUCAACAACUACUGCUGGUACCACAACCAUUUUGGUGCAAAGGCACAAAAAUGUACUCCUCCGUGUAGUUUUCCAACAAACGAGAGCGGCGAAGCAUAGAGGCAACAUGCACUUUGCUGGAACAAUCUCAUCGCCUGUUCAUCCUAGAUAAGAGAACAAACAAACUUUCUCAUCGACACAGGUUCCGACGUAUCAAUAUUUCCAGCUUCCUCGUCUCAAAAGAAACGCGCAUCUCAAAUGACCUUGAUGGCUACAAACACAACUGCAAUUCAUGUCUACGACCAAUGAACACUCACUCUCGAUUUUGGGUUAAAGAAAAUUUUUCGCU